CCAGUGGGGGCCACGUGGCCACGGGAAUGACCAGCCAGGCCUUCCCAGAGGCCGGGCCUCCCCAGGCUGAAGCUAGGAGCUUCCUGCCCACGGAGUUCUGCCCUCCCGCGCUUCUCCAGAUGAGUAAUGCCUCUGGGCUCCUGGAGUCAGCCGGAGUACCCCUGGCAUCCUCCACCUGGCCACAGCCCAGCGUCCCCCCAGCCAUGCCUACAGUGCCAGCCGGGCCACAGAUGGCCCGCGUGGAGAACGCGUCCCAGGGAGCCCCACGGCUCUUCCUCACCACCGCGCUGGCCAGAGGCGUCUCAGGAGUCUUCGUAUGGACAGCCCUGGUGCUCACCUGCCACCAGAUCUACCUGCACCUGCGCUCCUACACAGUGCCUCACGAACAGCGCUACAUCAUUCGCCUGCUGCUCAUCGUGCCCAUCUAUGCCUUCGACUCCUGGCUCAGCCUCCUCCUCCUGGGAGACCACCAGUACUACGUCUACUUUGACUCUGUGCGGGACUGCUAUGAAGCCUUUGUGAUUUACAGCUUCCUCAGCCUGUGCUUCCAGUACCUAGGGGGAGAGAGCGCCAUCAUGGCGGAGAUCCGUGGCAAGUCCAUCAAGUCCAGCUGCUUCUAUGGAACCUGCUGCCUGCGGGGCAUGUCCUACUCCAUUGGCUUCCUGCGCUUCUGCAAGCAGGCCACGCUGCAGUUCUGUAUCGUGAAACCUAUCAUGGCUGUGACCACCAUCAUCCUCCAGGCGUUUGACAAAUACCACGAUGGGGACUUCAAUGUCCACAGCGGCUACCUGUACGUGACCCUUGUCUACAACACUUCCGUCAGUCUGGCCCUCUACGCCCUGUUCCUCUUCUACUUCGCCACCAGGGAGCUCCUGCGGCCCUUUGAGCCAGUCCUCAAGUUUCUCACCAUCAAAGCGGUCAUCUUCCUCUCCUUCUGGCAGGGGCUGCUGCUGGCCAUCCUGGAGAGGUGUGGGGUCAUCCCUGAGGUCCAGGCUAUUGAUGGCACCAGGGUGGGGGCAGGCACGCUGGCCGCGGGCUACCAAAACUUCCUCAUCUGCAUCGAGAUGGUCUUCGCCUCCAUUGCCCUGCGCUAUGCCUUCACCUGCCAGGUGUACUCUGAGAAGAAAGAGCAUUCACCAGGCCCCCCAGCUCCCAUGCAGAGCAUCUCCAGCGGCCUCAAGGAGACCAUCAGCCCUCAGGACAUCGUGCAGGAUGCCAUCCACAACUUCUCCCCAGCCUACCAGCAGUACACGCAGCAGGCCACGCACGAGGCCCCGGGUCCCGGCCACCCCAUACCUGGCACCCUCCCUGGUCUGGCCAGUAGCUCUGGAGGGGGCAGGAAGAGCCGAAAUGUGGAGAAACGCAUGCUGAUCCCCUCGGAUGACCUGUAGCGGGCCUCAGGGUCUGCAUGACUGGCUGGGGGCACAGUCUGCCCGGUCCUCUGGGGAAAGACAGGGUCCCCCACCCUCAACUCUCUUAUCAAAGGUCCAGCCUACAAGGCCAUGGAGACCUUUUCAUACUGUGUCCAGUCAGGGGUCAGGGUGCCUAUGGGCCAUAGCAUGGGCAUGUUAGAUAGGCCUGAGGACCCACUGGGUACCUGGCCACAGACCUCAGGGGGUCACUGAAAGGCUGGACAUGAACGUGGCCAGGAGGUCACACAUGAUAUAAUAGAGGAUGGCCAAGUCUCAGGUCAGGGGCUGCAGGGAGAACUGGGUACCCAGCCUGACAGAGGGACCCAGUGCUGUGGACAGGAGGUGUGCCAAGCCUGGGUGAGGGCCCUGGGUGCAUAGAGAAGCCCCUCCCCCCACUCCAGCCACAGGAGCCUGGUGAGGUCCUGACCUGCAUCCAUCUGCACAGACCCGCUGUGGGCUGGCCUUCCAAGCACAGUCACCUCCCUGUGAGCUCUCCUUA